CCCGUACGUUGCCCAGAGCCAUGAAUUACUCCAGACUGAGCACGGACCCGGCGUCUGCUGCUAACGGAAGCCUGGUAGACGGGCUCCCAGGCCAGGCUUUCAUCUUCUCCUGCCCCCUGGGCUUGGGCCAAAACGAGCCACUGGAGGCCUGUGUCCUGGAGACGGUGGUCAUUGUCCUGAUGACGGUGCUCAUCAUCGCCGGAAACCUGACGGUCAUCUUUGUGUUCCACUGUGCCCCGCUGCUACACCACUACACCACCAGCUACUUCAUCCAGACCAUGGCCUACGCCGACCUGCUGGUGGGGCUGAGCUGUCUGGUGCCCACACUGUCCCUGCUCCACUACCCUGCCAGCGUCCAGGAGCCCCUCGCCUGCCAGGCCUUCAGCUACGUCAUCUCUGUCCUCAAGAGCGUGUCUAUGGUCUGCCUGGCCUGCAUCAGCGUGGACCGCUACCUUGCCAUCACCAAGCCACUGUCCUACAACCAGCUGGUGACUCCUUGCCGCUUGCGCUGCUGCAUCGCCCUCAUCUGGCUCUAUUCCAGCCUGAUCUUCCUGCCCUCCUUCUUUGGCUGGGGCAAGCCCGGCUACCACGGCGACAUCUUUGAGUGGUGUGCCCGCUCAUGGCCCACCUCGGCCCUCUUCACGGGCUUCGUGGUGUGCCUGUUGUACGCGCCGGCUGCCCUCGUGGUCUGCUUCACCUACUACCACAUCUUCCGCAUCUGCCAGCAGCACAACCGAGAGAUCAGCGAGCGCCGGGCCAGGUUCCCCAGCCAGGAGAUGGAGGCCGUAGAGGGGGGAGGCAGUGGGGGGAGCCAGGGGGGGCACGUGCCCGACCGGAGCUACGCCAUGGUCCUCUUCCGUAUCACCAGCGUCUUCUACAUGCUAUGGCUGCCCUACAUCAUCUACUUCCUGCUGGAGAGCUCCCAUGUGCUGGACAGCCCCGCCCUCUCCUUCAUCACAACUUGGCUGGCCAUUAGCAAUAGCUUCUGCAACUGCGUUAUCUACAGCUUGUCCAAUAGCGUGUUCCGCCUGGGCAUGCGCAGCCUGUCGCAGACCAUUUGUUCCUUUAGCCACUGCUCAGCGGACGACCGGGACUUUAGACAGCCCAAGCCCAGGAAGAGAUCCAACUCCUGCUCCAUUUGAAAGAGGGAUCCUCAACGGAUGACUUUUCUUGAACCUGCAAAUAACAAACUAUCUGGCGCUGGGGAAUGUUGAGCAGUGAGUUGUUCAGGGCUGAACCUGAUGAACAGUAUUCUUGUUGUGAUAGUCUUAGUGGACAUUGGCAAGACUGUUGUCAUGUUUAACAGGGAUUUAUUUGCAUCAAGAGCUCAUGAAGAUAGAUAGAUCCUUUAAUAAUCCUUUACAGGAAAUUACAGAAGCAUAUGUAGUGUCCAAACAGGCGGGAGACAGAAACUCUGUGGCUCCCUUUAAUCUGCGGUGUUGCUUUUUUAGUUAGAACCCCCACAUAGAAACUAGUUGCAGCAUUGCUGUCGUCUAAAGGUGCGGCCACACCAGACGCGUAUCUCGCGUACCUCGCGUAUAAAAUCGCCAUUUUUUCCAUAGGGAACCAUUGGUUUACGCGCGUAUGAGACGCGUACACGCGUUACACGCGUAAAAGCAACAUUUUACGCGUGAGACGCGUACACGCGUUACACGCGUAAAAGCAACAUUUUACGCGCGUAACGGGCGUAUAUUUACGUGUGUACGUUUCAAGAAUUCAAAAAAUUUAACUUUUUACGCUCAUACGCAUGACGAUUAGCCGCGUUGCCCAAUCAGCGUUGAGCUUGACCCGACGUCACUGGCAGAGAGUAGUGAGCUUGGACAGAAGCAUACGGCCGACAUCUUUCUUUAUUCUGUGUGGAAAUAGUAACAUAGUUACGCCAUUAAAUGCUUUUAUGGAAACAUUUCUAGCGAGAAAUGUGCAUUUUACUUUCAUAAUGUUCCCUCGGUGAAUGUGAAGGAUGUUUGGUUUGAUAGUUAUGACGAAGAGGGAACGCUCCGUUCACUUGCAUGGACAGAGUCUCUGGUUACUAAGCAACCUCAACGUCUUGGCGGACUAUAUAUCUGCUGAUCAACACUACGAAUGCUGGAAACACACCAGACACACCAUGUGAAGUUAUUUAACCCAAUUAUUGUUAUUUAUAUCCGAGAUUAUUUAAUCUAACCCGAUCUAAACUCUAUCACCCAAACACGGCGGCGUUUGGGUUUCCUACCUCGGACUCCAGCGCAGCCACGGCCAACAACUUUCUUUAUUCUGGGUGGAAAUAGUAACAUAGUUACGCCAUUAAAUGCUUUUAUGGAAACAUUUUUAGCGAGAAAUGUGCAUUUUACUUUCAUAAUGUUCGCUCGGUGAAUGUGAAGGAUGUUUGGUUUGAUAGUUAUGACGAAGAGGGAACGCUCCGUUCACUUGCAUGGACAGAGUCUCUGGUUAAGCAACCUCAACGUCUUGGCGGACUAUAUAUCUGCUGAUCAACACUACGAAUGCUGGAAACACACCAGACACACCAUGUGAAGUUAUUUAACCCGAUUAUUGUUAUUUAUAUCCGAGAUUAUUUAAUCUAACCCGAUCUAAACUCUAUCACCCAAACACGGCGGCGUUUGGGUUUCCUACCUCGGACUCCAGCGCAGCCACGGCCGACAACUUUCUUUAUUCUGGGUGGAAAUAGUGACAUAGUUACGCCAUUAAAUGCGUUUAUGGAAACAUUUUUAGCGAGAAAUGUGCAUUUUACUUUCGUAAUGUUCGCUCGGUGAAUGUGAAGGAUGUUUGGUUUGAUAGUUAUGACGAAGAGGGAACGCUCCGUUCACUUGCAUGGACAUGGACUCAUCUAGGCGAGUGACGUAGGCGCGUUAGGAGCGUAUGGCGCGUAUGCAACCAUUUUUGACACAAAAUGGUCAAGCAACAUUUUACGCGCGUAUCUCGCGUAAAUAUUACGCGAGAUACGCGUCUGGUGUGGCCGCACCUUAACGCUCAAUUCUCCCUCGGUGUCCUCUGCUAGCCCAUAGGAAGUCACCACCGUAAAUUGUGAAAGAUUCACAAACAUUGCCAUUAAAUCGUCAAAUGAGACCACACGAUUAAUUGUCUGAUUUUGGUAGAAGAUUGAUGUGGGUGAUGUUUUUAGAUUGAAUCUAAAUUGCCCUGCAACAGCAAGUUUGCAUUCUCCCUAUGAUUAGCAUUAGCCUACAGGUCCUUAUUAACACACAUUCCCCUGGCGUAACAAGGUAAUAAAUCGUUUACAACCACAUUGGCGUUUCAACUGUACAAGCACAAGUGAGGUAAACCGUUUCCUUACUGUUAGAGAGCAGAUGGUGUUUGUGGCUAUGACUGUUGUUUCCUGAUGGAAGUAAGCACUGCUCUACUCUUGGAGGACUGGUCCCCCAGCAGGUCUGCUUGGUUCAGGGUCCGUCUACUCGUAUUGAGGCAGCUAAGUCCCUGGGUGGUGGUGGUAAGGGGCGGGUGUUGGUAGGGGUUGGUCGGUAAGAUUUUGGGGCUAAAGAAGAGCCUGUUAGAAAAGAUUCAGGGAAAGUGUGUGUUAGUGGCAGCUUUGGGUAUCUUAGGGAAAACAAAAGGGUGUAGAGGUUAGCUGGGUCAAAUCAGCGUGGGGCUUGGCUCGAUGUUUCUUUGUGUAUCACUUUCCGUAGACAUUGUAAUUCGAGGCCGGCCUCACAUGUCUGGUUUUUAUACUAUAUCCAAUUAAUCAGCACUAGAAGAUUAUUUGGAUUUGGUCAAUUCUAUUCUAUUGAAAAGGUUGGUAGUUGUGCUCCUUGUCCUGUACUGCUCCUCCAUAUUUGUUUCUAUCCUUAACUCGCUUACGUGCCAAGACUGUUACCAGGUCACCAGGGGUCUGUAGGACACGCCACGGCCCGCCCACGGCCCGCCCACGCCAUGCCGUCAUGUGGCGUUCAGAAGAUUUAGGGGUCGUAAAGAUUGCCUUUGGAUCUGAUCUGUUAGCAUCCAACCGGCUCCUUAGUUGGACAUAUUCAUAUUCAUCAAGAUAGGGCUAUCCGAUUGUUUAAGGUUAAGUCAAAUCUAAAUUUGAAUAAUUUUGAAAUUUCCUUUAUUCCUGUAUUUUCGUCGAUCUUUUGGGAUGCUUUCUGUUUGGCAAGAAACAGAAAUGGUUGAAGUAACGAGGCUUAUAUUGAGACUAUUGAUAAAGUCAUUAAAUUGUACCAUUUUGGGGAAAUGGUCCUCUCCUGGGUCCAUUCCAGAUUAUUCUUUUUAAACUGUAUGUGCGUAACAAUGUUGAUUCAUGAUUUUUUUUGUCCGUGAGCUAAUGGAAAGAAAAGUAUCCCUGGAGGAAAUCCAUUAUUUAGUUCAGAAAGAAAAAGAAGUGUGUAUUUUGUUCCAUCUCUCUCUUGCUGGUCCGUGGCUUCAGAGUUUGAUGAGGUCUCACAACCUUAUCCUAGUCCAACCAUAUUCUACAAGCUUACUUUUACCAUUCCUACCCUUCCUUCCUCUCGUUUUUUAUUCAUCAGCAUUUAAUGUACGUUUAGAGUUCUCGUGGACAAUAGAGAGAAAUGCAAAGGUUGGUAUCUAAGCACUGUUGUCAGAUAAUAGAGGCAAAAUAGUGAUAUUAAAGAUCGCAUAUAGGCAUAUAGCCCAGGCAUUGCAGCUACCAAAAUAACAUUGGAACAUACGUGUGUGUGUGUGUGUGUGUGUGUGUGUGUGUGUGUGUGUGUGUGUGUGUGUGUGUGUGUGUGUGUGUGUGUGUGUGUGUGUGUGUGUGUGUGUGUGUGUGUGUGUGUGUACAGUCUGUAUGUACGUACAGUCUGUAUGUUUAUGUAUAUAUGUAUAUGUGCAUGUAUAUGUAGGCCUGUCACGAUAACAAAUUUUUCUGGGCGAUUAAUUGCCCCAGAAAUUAUUGCGAUAAGUGAUAAUAUUGCAGUUUUUCAACUAAUAUAAUGAUAAUUGCAUAAUAAUGCAGGUACACCCUUUCGAGGAUCAAUAAACUUUUAUUUUUAAAGAAUAAUGAAACUGGACGUCUGGAAGACGUUUCAAAUAUCCAGAAUAAAUUAACAAAACAAACAAAAACAAUAAAUAAAAUGGACUCUAUUUUAACAAAAAACAUGCUCGAGGGGGUUUACUCGUUGUGCCCUGUUAUUAUGAGCCCGAGCCCGAUUUGAACCCGACAAUUUUUACUUAGGCCUACUCUGCUAAAUAUAUAUAAUAUAUAUAAAUAUAUAUAAUGUAUAGAAUGCAGGUCAGUAUCGUGAAAAUAAGCCCAGACAGGGCGAAUAGGACACGGACGCGCAGCGGAGUUGCCGGCGACGUUCUAUACAUUAUCCCGCUUAUUACACGGUUAUUUGCCAAAACGAAAAAAUAACUUCACACGGUGUGUCUUUUUACAAUUUAUUCGUUAGCAGUAUUCCUAGUGCUGAUCAGCAGAGAAAUAGUCCGCCAAAGAAGUUGACGUUGCUUAGCAACCGAAGACACUGGGGUUGACAAGUUACCGGACUACUAUCUAUGUAGGUGAACGGAGCGUUCCACGGCAUUGAGAACACCCGUGUAAUAAAGGCCUUUUAAUGUGUCUGUUUAUGGCAUAGACUUCUUCUCAGAUUAGGCCAAUAAAGCAAUGAUUUAAAAAAGAAAAGAGCGUGAAUGGAAAAUAUUGUGACCGGCCAAAAAAUAUCGCUCAUUUUAAUUUAUCGCGCAAUUGAUUGAUUUAUUGCUUAUCGCGACAGGCCUAUGUAUAUAUAUGUAUGUAUAUAUAUGUGUAUAUGUAUGUAUUUAUGUAUAUAUGUGUAUGUGUGUAUUUAUGUAUAUAUGUGUGUGUGUGUGUGUGUGUGUUUGUGUGUAUACAUACAUACAUACGUACAUACGUGUGUGUGUAUAUAUACAUGUGUGUGUAUAUGUAUAUUAGGGAUGUAACGGUACACUGAAGUCACGGUUCAGUUCAUACCUCGGUUCAGACAUCACGGUUCGGUGUGAGUUCGGUACAAUGAAUGGAAAAGAAAAAAAAAAUGCAGAAGGGAAUUUCUUUUUUUAUUAUGCAUGUCUCAGGUUGUACCACCUAGUGUCAUACGGCCUAUCCCCUGAGCUAGCUGCAACAGCCUGAACUGUGUAAUAUAAGGUGUAAACAAUAAGUACCCCAUAAUUCCUCCAGACUCCAUCCGUAACUUUUAAACAAAAUAAGACAAUCAGUUAUAAAACUGAAAAUGCAGCAUGUAUUAUUUAUGAAAGUACACAGAAUUGGCGCAUUUCCACCAGAGGGUGCGGGUCGGUUUGGUGCGGCUUGGUGGACUAGUGAAGGUGUGCGUAGGAAUAGUAACGGUAAAUCCAAACGGUAGGUAGGUAGGUAGGCUAUAGUAAUAACGGCAACUCCCCCCCCCCCCAUCAGCAAGGCAGGUUAACGAGCACAGCGACGCAGGAAGGCUGGAAAUGAGAGCACAGCGGCGCCACCGAUGUAGAAUGACGAGUUGGAGUGCGGCAACGGCAACUAUGUUAUUGCGGCAACAAAUAUCGAUAUUUAUCUAUAUCGAUAUUCUGCUUGAAGUUAUUGAGAUAUGACUUUUGGUCCAUAUCGCCCAGCCCCAGUAGGUUUUUAUAUAUAUAUAUAUAUAUAUAUAUAUAUAUAUAUAUAUAUAUAUAUAUUGUGUGUGUGUGUGUGUGUGUAUACAUAUGUGUGUGUAUAUCAGUGGCGGCUGGUGGUUUUUAAAGUGAGGGAGGAAAGACUGCGCGCUUGGUUGCCAUUGGCCUGCUUGCACUGUUGGUGUAUGGUAGCAUAAGAAUGUGAGACUCAAGUUGUUUCAGGGUGUUUUGGUGAACUACAAAAUAGUAGGGAGGGAUAGUUAUGUGAAUAAAAUUGAUACAAAGCCACAAGUGGCAUCACUGUAAUUUGAAAGCCGGUGGGCAGCGUGUCUUUGAAAUGGACUACAAGGGCAGAAGGAAAGGAUGCAAAGCCCAUUAGUCAAAUCAGGCCUACUCUUGAUUUGUAAAAGUAAAUAAAAAGAUCUGGUCCUAUUUUUGCUGAAGUUAUUGGUUGUAAUUUAGCUAUGUUUAUUUUCAGUUGUUUUAAGAAAAAGACUGGCAUGUGUGGCAUUUAAAAUGCAUCUUGCUCUGAAUCAUUCACCCUUUCCACAAUAUCAAACAGAACGGUCAGAAUAACAAACUAGUAAAAGAACUAGAACAUUAUUUCAAACAACCUGAUCUAUAGGCAUGGUGCCUAGCAAGGAAAGUCGCAUAGCAGCACUUGUCGUGGCGUUUGGUUGCCCUAUCAAGAUUUUUCACAUCAGUGAAACCAUGAACAGCACACGUUUGAGAUUUGCCAUUAUUCAUUAGCAAACAGGGCCAGCAAUACAGUCGAUGGCUAGUAAUGCUACCAGUUAGCCAUGAGUAUUGAGUACCUAGCAAACCAUGUAGCACCCACAACACUGACGUUGCCAUUACUUUUGGUGAUCUCUAUUUUGCGAAGUGGUCUACCUUUUUCUUUGGUCGCUAACUUAGCACUGUAACUCAAUGAAUGGAAUGCUUUGUGUAGUUAAACAUGAACAAUGUCCUCUAUUUCCAAUGUUUCAAUUUUACAGUUUAUUCGCAAAUUUUUGAAUCUCGUUGUCUUUCAGAUGAUUUCACCUGCUUUGCGUCUCUUAGACUGAGCGGCAAUGCAGGCAGAGCGGGUCUGUUAUCGAAACCGUUGCCAGAUUGGGCAGAUUUCCCGCCCAACGAUAAUUGCCCCAGCCUAAGGCCGUGUUCACAUCUAGCGUUUUUUGUAAUAGGGAAAAGUUGAGCCGACCGUUUUUUCAACAAAAAGAAAAGCUGGCAGCGUUCUUUUGCCCUAAAAGCGCAGUUUUUUUUUUAUCGCCUAGCAACGAACCCAUUCUAGAACCGACGUUACCCGCCUACUAUGUAUCCAGGCUAGAGCCCAUUAGACAUGUCGUAGAUCUCGACACGUUCUGUAAUUAAAAGUAUUUAUCGCUCCAACAGAACUUUCUGUCGCUCCAAAAGAAGCCCAAUUUGGUGGGAAAUCUGCUCAAUCUGGCAACACUGCUCACCAGCCAAGGAUGCUGCUUAUUGGUUCAUAACGCAGCGCUACUAGAGUUUUGCGCGAAUCAGACGCCAUAAGGUCACACCCACUCAGAGGAGGACUUUCCUCCUCUCUCCCAUUGAAACCCAUGUUAUUCACCGGCCGCCAGUACUUUCGGGGAAAUGAAUGGGAGUCAACGGAGGCUGAGGGAGGACCUUCCUCCCUGAAAUAAUUGUCAAUAGGCGAUAGGGGGUGCUAAUGUCCCUUUUAAUGUCCCAUUAAAGUAGUCAUAUUUAAGGGCAUUAAUUCAUUACAGUAGUCUGGGCAAUCUACAUUUUUUAUUCUCAACAAUGUUAAGGAGGAUCUUCCUCCCUCUCCUCAAUGUAGAAGCCUCCACUGGUGUAUAUUCAGUAUAUGUGUAUAUAUUUGCGUGUGUGUAUAUAUAUAUGUGUGUGUGUGUGUG